AUGGUAUUUGCAAUACUGAAAAUAAAUGCAUCAAAUGAACUUCUGCCCAAUAUAACACUGGGCUUCAAACUCUAUGAUUCAUGUUACAGUGAACUACUAUCAUUAAUGGGAGCAACACGGAUUUUGUCAGGGAAAAAGAUUGGAGUACCAAAUUUUAACUGCAACAAGGAUAUCAUGCCAUUGGCUAUUAUUGGUGACCUGACCUCUAAGGCCUCCGUGCCCCUAGCGAGGAUCUUGGGAUUAAACAGAUAUCCACAGGUUAGCUAUGCUUCAGGCCAAGCUUUACUGAGUGAUAAAAUACAGUUCCCAUCCUUCCUCAGGACAAUGUAUAAUGGUGACUAUGAAUGUUUUGCCAUUGCUCAAUUGGUUAAGUACUUUAACUGGACAUGGGUGGGUAUGAUAUACUCAAAUAAUGACUUGGGCAGGUCAGGUGCUCAGCUGUUAACUAGAGAAAUAGAGAAAAAUGGUGGAUGCAUUGCAUUCCAGGAGACACUUCCUAUAAGCAGCUCCAUGGAAUCAGUCUACCGUAUCACUGGUGUUGUCAAGAGAUCCAGAGCAACAGUGAUUAUCUUAUGUUGCACCAUAGAAAACCUUGUCUCUUUAAUGGAAGAGGCUUCUUUUCGCAAUAUCACUGACAAAGUCUGGGUGGGGACAUCUGGCUGGUUCAUUACUUCUGAUUUUCCUAGAAGAGACAUUUUAACAACCUUAAAUGGGAGCUUUGGAAUAGCGGCUCAAAAUGGAAAAAUACCAGGCUUUAAGGAAUUUCUUUAUAACAUUCAUCCUUCUUUGUUUUUAAAUGAUCCUUUCAUGAAGACAUUUUGGGAGAAUGCUUUUCACUGUGUUUGGCCACAAAAUGAUGCCUACAAUAAAACAUCUCCUGCACUGCUUAAAGAAGAUAUUGUUUGGUGCACAGGAAAGGAGAAAUUGAACAAUAUUGAUGUAAAUAUAUAUGAUGUCUACAACUUUAAAUAUACAUACAAAGUGCAUAACGCUGUCUUUGCAGUAGCUCAUGCUUUGCACCAGAUGAAGAUCUGUGUUUCAGGAAAAGGUCCUUUCAAAAAUGGAUCUUGCGCUGAUAUUUAUAAUCAUCAACCUUGGCAGCUGCUUCAUUACAUCAAGAAAGUUGUCUUCAAUAACACAGCAGGGGAUCAAAUAUAUUUUGAUGAGAAUGGGGAUGUUCCUGUCUAUGUGGAUAUCUUGAACUGGCAGUUGUUUCCUAAUGGAAGUAAUCAGUAUGUCCAUGUUGGUAGUUUUGAUGCCAGCUCUCCCAAAGGCCAGGAACUUAAUAUUUGGCUAAACAAGAUUUUAUGGAAGGGAGGGCACAACAAUGUCCCUGCCUCAGUUUGCAGUAAUCCAUGUCCCAAUGGUUACAGAAGAGCUGCACUUCAAGGACAGAAAGCCUGCUGCUUUGAUUGUGUGCCAUGUUCUGAAGGAGAGAUUCUCAACCCAUAUGAUGAGAGUGACUGUAUCAAGUGUCCAGAAGACAAAUGGCCUGACAGCAGAAAAAAAGAAUGUCUCUCAAAGCUCAUGCAGUUCCUUUCUUAUGAUGAGGCACUGGGUUUCUCUUUAGCUUGUAUGUCAAUCUUGUUUUGUCUCCUUACAAUUUUUGUGUUGUGUCUGUUCACAAUAAAAAGAAAGACCCCCAUCGUAAAGGCAAAUAACAGAGAGCUCAGUUACCUACUUCUCAUCUCCCUUAUGUUUGGCUUCAUGUGUUCCUUGUUAUUCAUUGGUAGACCCAACCAGAUCACAUGUAUGAUACGCCGGGUCAUAUUUGCUGUCAUCUUUUCACUGUGUGUUUCUGCCUUACUAGCAAAGACUAUCACUGUCAUAAUGAUAUUUAGUGCUACAAAUCCAGACAGUAAAUUGAAAAAACUGGUGGGAUUAAGAAUUCCUAUUUAUAUUGUCCCUGGGUGCACAAUUAUUCAGAUAAUUCUGUGCUCUGUUUGGUUGACAACAGCAGCUCCAUUUGCAGAAUUCAAUAUGGCAGCAGAAAAAGGAAUAAUAGUGAUUGAGUGCAAUGAAGGAUCCAGGGUGUUGUUUACUUGUGUCUUGGGCUAUAUGGGUCUCUUAGCUACUAUUAGUCUAUCAGUUGCAUUUCUGGCGAGGAAGCUCCCUGACACAUUUAAUGAGACCAAGUUCAUUACAUUCAGUAUGUUGGUAUUUGCCAGUGUUUGGGUGACAUUUAUACCCGCUUACCUCAGUACAAAGGGUAAACAGACAGUGGCAGUAGAAAUAUUUGCCAUUCUCUCUUCAAGUGGUGGUUUUCUUGUUUGCAUCUUUUUUCCAAAAUGUUAUAUUAUAUUACUGCACCCAGAAAUGAACAGCAGACAGAAUUUCAAAGGGAGAAAUACUACAACCCACAGAGUACCGAAAUAA